AUGGGAAAGCGUAAGAGAGAAGAUGAGGAGGAGGGUGAGGCGGGAGAGGAAGUUGUAGCGAAAGAAGAGAGCCUUGACCAGUCGGCCGUUGACCUGGACGAGAGUCAGACAAAGCCCGCCGUGACUACUAGGUCUUACGACGAACUGGUGGAGCUAGCCAGUGUCAUCGCCAAACCUAUGGCCAGCAGAAAGCUAACCAAGAGGCUCUACAAAGCCGUGAGGAAGGCCAAGAAAGCCAAGAAGCUUCGGCGAGGCGUACGUGAGGUGGUGAAGGCCCUGCGAAAGAACGAAAAGGGAGUGGUUGUUUUGGCGGGAGACGUGAGUCCCAUUGACGUCAUCUCUCACAUCCCCGUAUUCUGCGAGGAGAAGGAGGUGCCGUACUGCUACGUCCCGUGUCGGAAGGACCUCGGUCUUGCUGGAGGGACGCAGAGACCCACCAGUGUGGUGAUGGUCCAGAGUGGGAAGGACUAUGAGGAUGUGUAUCAGGACUGCCAUAGUCAAGUCAGCGGACUCCCCAUGCCACUGUAG